AAUCAUAUAGCUCGAGUUUCAUCCUUGGAAGUGGUAGAGAGUGUUCUUCAUUUAAUUAAUUGUUGUCUUCUUUUCAGCUCCUUUCGUUCUUAAUUUUCCCCUACUCAUCAUUUUUUUUUUUUAAAAAAAAAACCUUGAGAGAUCAUAAUUAUAGCAACACUACAUGCAUUAAGUGAUCGUGAUCUUCCGUUCGUUCCUGUCUCUACUACAAGCUUGAUUCCAUACAGAGCUAAAGGCCUUCUCGUUUUGUUCCUCGCUGAGCAAUCAACACCAGUGCUUUUCGCGCAUAUUUUCACAAAUUAAGACUGGUGGAAAAUGGCUAUCGAAAGUGUUGGUGGAUCCAUUUUAUCUAAGAUAGCAGAACUCUUGGUGGAACCAACAAUAAGGCAGUUCCGUUACAUGUUCUGUUUCAACAAUUUUGUUCAAGAAUUCAAUGAACAAAAGAAGAACCUGGCUUUGACUCUUGAUCGUUUGCAAAACGCUGUCGAAGUUGCUGAAAGAAAUGCUGAAGAAAUUGAGAAGGAUGUCAACAAAUGGUUGGAAGAUGCAAAAAACGAAAUUGAAGGUGUUAAUCGUUUGGAAAAUGAAAAGGGAAAAAAUAGCAAAUGCUUUAAUUGGUGUCCAAAUUGGAUACCACAAUUCAAGUUAAGCAAGGCCCUGGCAAAAAAGAUAGAGAUUUUGAAAAAAUUGGAAGAAAAUAGCAGAAAGUUUCCAAAAGUGUCCCACAAAGCACCUCUUCAAGACAUAGAGUUUCUUCCAUCAAAGGGAUUCACACCCUCAGAAUCGUCAAAAGAAGCUUUUGAACAAAUUAUGAAAGCUCUCAAAGAUGACAGUGCCAAUAUGAUCGGACUGUACGGCAUGGGAGGGGUGGGUAAAACCACCCUGGUGAAAGAAGUAGGCAGGAAAGCCAAAGAGUUGCAGCUUUUUAAUGAAGUUUUGAUAGCUACGGUGUCCCAGAAUCCAAAUGUCACAGACAUGCAGGAUCAAAUGGCAGAUAGUUUAGGUCUGCAUUUUGACGAGAAAAGUAAAGAAGGGAGAGCAGGUCGGUUAUGGCAGAGACUGCAGGGAAAGAAGAUGCUUAUAAUCCUAGAUGAUGUUUGGAAAGAUAUUGACUUGAAAGAGAUAGGGAUCCCAUUUGGUGACGCUCACAGGUGUUGUAAAAUUGUUAUAACAACACGUCUUGAAAACAUAUGUUCUUAUAUGGAGUGCCAGCAAAAAGUGUUUUUAAGAGUCUUAUCUGAAGAGGAAGCAUGGGCUUUAUUCAAAAUCAAUGCAGGUUUACGUGAUGAGGACUCUGACUUGAACAGAGUGGCAAAGGAGGUUGCGAGAGAAUGCCAAGGCUUUCUUGAACAUGAGUGGGAAGUAGCAUCUGAAGAGCUCAAAAAAUCUCAAUCUCGGCACGUGGAAACAUUUGAUGACCGAAGAAAUGCAUAUGCAUGUCUUAAAUUGAGCUAUGAUUAUUUGAAGCACGAGGAAACCAAGUUAUGUUUCUUGCUAUGCUGUUUAUUUUCAGAAGAUUACAACAUUCCAAUCGAGGAGUUGACGAGAUAUGCAGUUGGCUACGGGUUAUAUCAAGAUGUGAAGUUCAUUGAAGGUGCAAGGAAACGAGUUUAUAUGGAAAUCGAAAACCUCAAAGCUUGUUGUAUGCUGUUAGGAACUGAAACUGAAGAAUAUGUGCAAAUGCAUGACUUGGUUCGUGAUGUUGCUAUUCAGAUAGCAUCAUCAGAAAAAUACAGAUUCAUGGUAAAGGCUGGCUUUGGGUUGAAGGAGUGGCCAAUGAGCAAUAGAAGAUUUGAAGGUUGUACAGUAAUUUCGUUAAUGGGCAAUAAACUAGCAGAACUUCCUCAAGGAUUGAGGUUUUUUGAAGGAAUGAAAGAAAUUGAAGUUUUGUCUCUGAAGGGAGGGUGCUUGUCAUUGCAAUCACUUGAAUUCUCAACAAACCUUCAAUCAUUGUUGUUAGUCGAAUGUAUAUGCAAGGACCUCGUUUCAUUGAGAAACCUGCAAAGACUUAAGAUUCUUGUUUUCAUGUGGUGCGACUCCAUUAAAGAAUUACCUGACGAAAUGGGGGAGCUCAAGGAGUUAAGAUUGUUGGAUGUGACAGGUUGUAUGUACGUUGCAAGCAUUCCUGUGAAUUUGAUUGGAAGGUUGAAGAUGUUAGAAGAACUAUUGAUCUGGGAUGGCAGCUUCACGGGAUGGGACAGCACAGGAGGAAUGAAUGCAAGAGUAACAGAACUAAAUUCGCUGUCUCAUUUGGCCGUAUUAUCAUUGACGAUACCGAAGGUUGAAUGCAUUCCCAGAGAUUUUGUUUUUCCCAGGUUGCUCAAAUAUGAUAUAGUGUUAGGGAAUGGGUAUUCAAUAACAGCAUACCCAAUCUCGACAAGAUUAUAUUUGGGUGAUAUCAGCGCCACAUCCUUAAAUGCAAAGACAUUUGAGCAGUUGUUUCCUACUGUGUCUCAAAUUGGUUUUAGCAACGUUGAGCGUUUAGAAAAUAUAGUAUUGUCCUCUGAUCAGAUGACCACCCAUGGCCAUGGGUCGCAAAAGGACUUCUUACAAAGAUUAGAACAUGUAGAAGUGGCUGCAUGUGGGGAUAUUCGCACUCUGUUUCCAGCAAAAUGGCGGCAAGCUUUGAAAAAUCUAAGGAGUGUGGAAAUUAAUCACUGCAAUUCAUUGGAAGAGAUAUUUGAAUUGGGUGAGGCUGAUGAAGGAAGCAGUGAGGAAAAGGAGCUGCCGCUGCUAUCAUCUUUAACGGAGUUACAGCUGUCCUGGUUACCUGAGCUCAAAUGGAUAUGGAAGGGGCCCAGUAGACAUUUCAGCCUCCAAAGUCUUAAUCAUCUGGAGUUGUGGUAUCUUAGCAAACUAACAUUUAUCUUCACGCCGUCCCUGGCUCAAAGUCUUAUUCAUCUAGAAACACUACGGAUAGAAUAUUGUCGUGGAUUGAAGCAUCUUAUCAGAGAAAAGGAUGACGAAAGGGAAAUCAUUCCAGAGUCUCUUCGCUUCCCAAAAUUAAAAACUCUCUCCAUAAGGACUGAUAAACUGGAACAUGUCUUCCCUGUCUCCAUGUCUCCAAGUCUUCUGAACCUGGAACAGAUAAAGAUUACUUUUGCUGACAAUUUAAAGCAAAUAUUUUACAGUGGAGAAGGGUCUCUUACUGAGUCAUUUGACUACUUUGGUGGUGAGGAAAUUGUUGGGGAUUCCGGCUCCCCAUGCGCGGACCGGUGGUGUACUAAUACUUGCUCAUAUGAGGGAUAAACACUGAGACACAAUAUUUUACGUGGUUCGGCAAAUCCGCCUACAUCCACGGGAGAGAGUCCAUUUUAUUAGAGAUUAGAGAAAGGAUAUACAUGGAGGAGGAGGAUCACUUCACUCAAACUCU